GCAGCUAAAUUCACAAGCCACCAACCAACCAACUUGCUCCAAAACCUCUUAUCUCUCUCUCUCUCUCUACCGAUAAAAGAUGGCAAGUACUAAUCAUGAAACCGCUCAAGCCACGCCUGCCUCCGUGGACAUAGCCAAUCCGGAAGAGCUAAAGAAAGUUUUCGACCAGUUUGAUUCCAACGGCGACGGUAAGAUCUCUGUGGGUGAGCUCGGAGGGGUUUUCAAGGCCAUGGGGACUUCAUACACGGAGAGUGAACUCAACCGCGCGCUGGAAGAUGUCGACACCGAUCGCGACGGCUUCAUCAACGUGGACGAGUUCUCUGCUCUCUGCCGCUCGUCUUCCACCGCGUCCGAGAUCCGCGACGCCUUCGACCUCUACGACCAGGACAAAAACGGACUCAUCUCCGCCUCUGAGCUCCACCAGGUCCUUAACCGCCUAGGGAUGUCUUGCUCCGUGGAAGAGUGCACUCGGAUGAUCGGCCCUGUGGAUGCCGACGGCGAUGGGAAUGUUAAUUUCGAAGAGUUUCAAAAGAUUAUGACGUCAUCCUCACUCACCAACAGCAACAACGGAUCCGCUGCUUCGGCAGCUGCAGCAAACGGAAGUUCAACCUAGUUUAUGUUUUAGAUACGUUCGAUUUGUGUAUCUGGAUUCUCUCGACAACUGGAUGUACUUGGGAGUAGUUACUAUGCUUGUACUUUUGAAAAUGUAAUAAAGUCUUAUCUCUUCGUAAGAUGAUGUUUUUGAAAACAUCGGCCUCUUAAGGCCCAAAUAGCCA